AUGAAGACCGCCAUCUUUUCCCUCCUUGCCCUGGCCACCUCGGCUCUCGCCGGGCCCAUCGUGACGGAGAGCCAGCUCUCUCCCCGCCAGCUCGAGAGCCAGGCUGAUCAGCUCGACACUCUGCUUGCUCUUGUGCAGACUCAUACCGGCAACAUUAACUCCACCACCGCCGCGGUCCAAGACAACCCCUCCGUCGACCAGCAAAACGCCGCCGCCGCCGCCCUCGCCCCCGACUUCAACGCCAUCACCAGCGCUCUCACCUCGGCCACCACCCUCCUUGCCAAGCGCGCAUGGGAGGACACUGUUAUCUUUGCCCGCACCGGCGGCGAUGAUAAGGAUGGUGGCCACGGCGGCGGCAAGGACGGCCCGAAUAAGUCCUGCGCUAAAGAGUGUCUCCUUGUCAAGAUUGAGCUCUUGGUUUGGGAGAUUGCUUGCACGAUCAAGUUGGUGAUUAUCAAGCUUGGGUUGGCUUGCGUCCUCCAGAUUCUGACUCCGUUGUUGUUGGCUCUUGUUGGGUUGAUCAAGGCUCUUGAUAAGGUUGUGCUGGGGUUGGUGAUUGUGGUUAAGGCGCUGCUGCACACUAUUUUGGGGACUGUGGCUGGGGCUUUGUUGGCGCUUAUUAUCUGGUAAGGUGGUGCCAGAAGCUUGUGGCUGGAAGAGAGAGGUUGCUAUGAUGGGGUUGAAAAGUGCGGUGGAUAAUAUGUAAUACACGCUUUGCUGGUGGAAAUCGAAGGGGACGGCUUGGGGUCUGGUCGGGGAUGGGGGGUCGCUUUGCAGAGUUGAUGAUGCUGGGUGUCAUAUCUGUCGUUUACGCUUCGC